UGCAACACUCUCCUACUCCUAGUUUCCUACAGUACUACUACACUCUCUCACUUUUAUUAUCUAGCACUAGUUUAUAAUUUCAGAAAACAUGGCAGCUGCCUGCAAGAAUUGCGUUGAAUCUCCAUUAAUAUUGGAGUCCAAUUUAGAGCCAGAAAUGCAGAUCAACAAGGCAAUCGUUGAGGAGCUUUACAAGGCAUUGGCACAAGGUCAAACUGAGACAGUGGCGGGGCUCCUGGCAAGUGACCUUGAAUGGUGGUUCCAUGGACCUCCAAAAUGCCAACACAUGAUGAGGGUGCUCACAGGAGUGUCUGGCUGCAACGAGUUCACGUUCGAGCCAAGAAGCAUUUCUGCCAUAGGUGAUGAUUGCGUGAUUGUGGAGGGCUGGGAAGGUGCGCAAGCUUAUUGGGUGCACGUAUGGAGUCUAAAAGAUGGUCUAAUCACACAGUUCAGGGAGUAUUUCAACACAUGGCUCACCGUUAAGGAUAUGAGGCCAUGGGAGUUUGGGCACGAGGUCAAUGACAGUACGCUUUGGCAGAGCCAACCUCGGGACCUGUACGAGCGUUCUCUUCCUGGCCUUAUGCUUGCUAUUUAAUUAGAUAGUCAUUUGUGGUUCAUCGUAAACUCAAACUCCUCGACCUUAAUUAUGCAUGGAGUACUGGACCUAGCUAGCUAGGAGCUAGCUGCGUGCUAUAUAUACGCAUGCGUCAACAUCUAGGGAAAUGCGAAUGAUCUUGUAUUUAUCGAACUACUGUAAUUAAUUAUGUCAA